GUAAACAAAACUUCUUCUUCCAGACGCGAAACAAGCGUUCAUCUUCUUUUCAUUGAUUUUUCCUCUAUAUAACUUUUAAUUGCUGAAAAAUGCCUAUUGCAGAGAAACGUAGUGCUACGGAUGGCAUAGUUGUACCCUUUAAAAAACCCAGGACUGAGGUGAUUCCUGGGGUUGACAGUCAUGAAGACCCAAUGGGCCCUCCUCGGACUUCAAGCCUUUUGGCUCCAAUUAUGCUUUUAUCAGGUCAUCAAGGGGAAAUAUUCUGUGGAAAUUUUCAUCCUGAAGGAAACUUCCUGGCAUCUUCUGGAUUUGAAAGAGAUAUAUUCUUCUGGAAUGUCUAUGGGGAAUGUGAGAAUUUUGCUGUGUUAUCUGGCCAUACUGGUGCUGUGUUGGAUUUAAAAUUUUCCACCGAUGGAGGAUACUUGUUCUCUGCCUCUACUGAUAAAACCCUGAGCAUUUGGGAUACUGAAGUUGGUGUUCGUAUUAAGAAACUGAAAGGUCAUUCUUCUUAUAUCAAUAGUGUUUGUCCAGCAAGGCGAGGUCCUCAGUUAAUCUGCAGUGCUAGUGAUGACUGCACUGUAAAGGUUUGGGAUUCUCGCAAACGAGGCGCUCUUCAUUCUUUUCAAGAUACUUACCAAGUUACUGCUGUAACCUUCAAUGACACAGCUGAACAGAUAAUUUCUAGUGGUAUUGAUAAUAUUAUUAAAGUAUGGGAUAUGCGAAAAACUGGUGUUCUUUACAAGAUGAUUGGUCAUUCUGAUACUAUUACUGGCUUAGCAUUAAGUCCUGAUGGUUCAUACAUUCUUUCUAAUUCCAUGGAUAACACACUUCGGAUCUGGGAUAUAAGACCUUUUGCUCCACAAGAAAGAUGUGUAAAAAUAAUUCAAGGACAUCAACACAAUUUUGAAAAAAAUCUUUUGAAGUGUAGUUGGUCACCAGAUGGUAGUAAAAUUACUGCUGGAUCAGCUGAUCGUUUUGUUUACAUUUGGGAUACUGCUUCUAGAAGAAUUCUGUAUAAACUUCCUGGUCAUAAUGGAUCAGUAAAUGAAGUAAAUUUUCAUCCAAAGGAACCAAUUGUAAUGUCAUGUUCAAGUGACAAGCAAAUUUAUCUGGGAGAAAUUGAAGGAAGUUAAACUGCCUCCUUACAUUUAGUCUUGUAAAUAUAAUCAUACCAUUUUGGAAGAAAAUAAAACAUUUUGUAUAGUUUUAAUAAUGUAUUUAUUGCCAACAUUAU